GCCACAUCCCACUUUCCAAUCUGCCUGUGCGUGUGCGGCGGAAUUUUGGCAGGCUAAUUCUGAAAAUACUGCGGGCCUGAUGACUGUUCUUUGAGCUCAACUUCGCCCUCCCGCAUUCGACCAAGAGCACGGCUUUCCGAACCCACCAAAAGCCUAGCACUGCUAUAUCCAUUUCUUCGAGCCGGAGAGACGCAAUCUCGCACUUUUGCACCCUCGACUUCAUAGCAGGCAUAAUACACCUUCCGGCGCACCUGCGCGAAACCAGCGAAAUCACACCCUCAUCCCACUUUGCCCCGCCUGGGAACGGCACCCCCCCGUCAAGAUGUCGUUCUCAAACUGCCGGUUUUACGAGGAGAAAUACCCCGAGAUUGACUCCUUCGUGAUGGUGAAUGUGAAGCAGAUUGCCGAUAUGGGUGCCUAUGUCAAGCUCCUGGAGUACGACAACAUCGACGGCAUGAUUCUUCUUUCCGAGCUUUCGCGGCGUCGUAUCAGAAGUAUUCAAAAGCUUAUCCGUGUUGGCCGCAACGAAGUCGUCGUCGUCCUCCGUGUCGAUAAGGAGAAAGGAUAUAUCGAUCUCUCCAAGCGCCGCGUGUCCCCCGAGGAUAUCGUUCGCUGCGAGGAGCGGUAUAACAAGAGCAAGAUUGUGCACUCCAUCAUGAGGCACGUCGCCGAGAAGACGCAGACUCCGAUCGAGAGGCUUUACGAGACAAUAGGAUGGCCGCUGAACAAGAAAUACGGCCACUCCCUUGAUGCCUUCAAGCUCUCAAUAACCAAUCCUGAUAUCUGGACCGACAUCACGUUCCCGAGCGAAGCUGUUGAGCAGGAGCUCAAGUCGUACAUUGGCAGGAAGCUCACCCCGCAGCCAACCAAGGUCCGCGCCGAUAUCGAGGUUACUUGCUUCAGCUACGAGGGCAUCGACGCCAUCAAGGCCGCUCUUCGCACCGCCGAGGCUCGCAACACCGCCGAGACUCAAGUCAAGUGCCGGCUAGUUUCUCCUCCUCUCUAUGUCCUAACCAAUACCUGCCUUGAUAAGAAUGCGGGUAUUGCGCGACUAGAGGAAGCCAUUGACGACGUCCGCAAGUCCAUUGAGGCGGCCGGCGGCCACCUCGUCGUCAAGAUGGCACCCAAGGCGGUUACCGAGUCGGAUGAUGCAGAGCUUCAGGCUCUGAUGGAGAAGCGUGAGCGCGAAAACGCCGAGGUCAGCGGCGACGAGAGCGUCAGCGAGAGCGACGACAACAUUCCCGAAACGGUUUAGGGACCUAGCGUAUUGCGGGGGAUAGGCUGGUAGGGAGGUUGAAUUGGCACCGUCACCUUGAGGGUUGGGGAUAUACCUCGAAACGGCGAAGGAAAAGGGGGG